AUGGUACAAAAAAAAGAACCAAAACCUGAACAAAAUAUUUAUUCACCAUAUUAUUACCCAAAUUUCUCUCGUUAUAACUUUCCUUCAAAAAUUGGUGGUGAUGAAGAACAAUAUACUGAACCAAAAUUUUCCUUUCCACAUUGGGAUGACGAAGUACAAGCUUAUAAACCACCUCGUCGAAGAAGGGCUUCUUCUCCUUUAACUUGCACUACUGAAGAUAUCGAAUAUUUUAACAAUAAAGCCAACUUAGCUAAUGAUACAACGGCGGCACCUUCAGAUGUUGAAGAUGAUGUAAGCGAGACAGUUUGUGAAGACAUUCAAAAAGAUAUAGAUUUAGCACGUAAGGAUCAAAAAACCGAUUAUGAUCAAUUUCGAAAGACAUAUGCUACAUUUCAUGAUGAUAUACGUGCUCUACAACGAGAAAUUGAAGCAAUCGAAGCUAGCUGUUUGAAAAAUGGGUUGGAUUUAAAAGGUGAUGGACCAACCAUAAAUGAUGACGGUAGUGAAAUUUGUUACAAUCCUACGGAAUCCGAUACUUGCAACUUUACUGGCUCGUCUAUAACUUAUGAAAUACAAGGAUGUGGUCGUUUAUCUUCGGCUACUGCUGCGGCAACCACUCGUGGCUCGAUCCCAAGGAAACGUAGUUCUCCUUCUAUAUUAUAUAAGGACAAAGUAGCGAAACAGCAAGAAGAACAGCAAAAUAGAGAAAAUAUAUCGGGAAACUUUAAUGAUAAUAAUUCAAAUAAUCGUAGAUGUUUAGGUAUAGAGGAUGGCUGGACGCAGGAAAGAGUUCAUCAGAAUGAAUGGAUUCGCUGUUAA